AUUCAGGGCCAGGCACACUCGCCAUGUUCCGCAACAAGGUCCUCGUGCGCGCCGUCCCCGUCCCCUCCUCUUCCUCCUCCGCACCGUCGCCGCCGUUCCUCCUCCGCCAGGUCUCCUUCUCCGCCGCCGCUCCAUCCCUCGACCUCGACAUCCUCUGCUGCAGGCUGUCCCGCCGCCACCGUCUCGCGUGCCUCCCCCAGCCCCCAGCCGACGCCCUCGUGGUCUACCAGAGAUGCCAGUCUCGCGCGGCCGCCGAGGUGGCCUCCGAGAUCGCGGCUGCCUUCACGGGCGCCUCGGUUGGCGAGGAGGAGGAGGUGGUGUGCUCAGGCGCGCUGGUUGCAAAAGCGGUUGAGUGUGGACUGCGAUGUCUGACGCUUGAGCGUGGAUGGAGCUUUGUCGGGGAGAGCAUAUACGCCCAGUCCACGUUUGCUGCCAGUGAGGAGAGGACUGAUCUCUGCGUGUUGAAUGUGGAAGUCAGAUCUGGACUAAAUGAUGAUUAUGAGUUUGUUGUCUCACCUGAUGCAUUUCGGUUUACUACACUUAAGAUCUCAGAUGUUGCUAGCUCCAAUGUGAUGGAAACGUUCCAACAUAUUAAGGAAGUAAGUUUGGAUGGUUAUAACCUCCAGACAGCUUGUGCAAUUCUUCCAACAUUACAGGAAGGCCAUGUGAUUGGUUUUAGUGAACUACCUCCUUCUGGACAGAUCUUGGACAGCUUUACAAAGCUUUGCUCAGUUAAGCAUGGUUUGGAGAUGAACUACAGUUAUCAUGCAGCAGUCAAACUGACAUGCGGAGCUUCCUGCGAGAAGCAAUGGUUGCCUUCUCCAUUUGUCCUCCAAGGUCCGGGGCUUCAGCCUGCCCCAAAAUCUGUUAGAGCAUCAAAGGCAAUGUCUUCCAUGCGGUCUUUUACAGAAUUGUUGAAAGCUUGGAAUUUCUUUGGUCAGAGUCAACUAGUAAUCAAGGAACAACUGGUAGUUAACUGCACAGCUACUCUGCCUACUUGGGAUAAAGCCACAAGUAAACUGGCAAUGCACACUGCAAGAGCCGAAAAUUCAGAGGAUCUUCGUUUAGUUCAUCCAGGUUUUAUGGCCAAAGACCAAUCAUUGACUUUAGACUUCCGGACCCCCAAACCAGCUGUCUUUUGCUCUUCGGUUGCCAAAUUGUGCAAUACCAAAGUUGAGAUAGCUCAGUCUUUGGAUGAUGCUGGCACUGGCGAUGACACACAUUCCAUCAAGCAUGGUUGUCAAUCAGAGUCUGUUGUCCUAACCAGUUCAUUCAAAUCACAAAUAACAUUAUUGAAGCCUUCAUUCAGCAGAAGUAAACGAGCAGAUAAAAGCAAAACAAGCUGUUCUUCUGAACAAUCUGAUGCUGAUAGUUCAAACAGAUCGAGUGAAACCAGCCUACCAAAAUCGUCACUUGGAAGUUUUCCUAAAGCAAGCCAUGCUAAUCCUGUCGAUUCAUCAUGUGCAAGUCUUCUCAAGCAAGUCAUUCAGACUUCUGUGAAUCCUAAAAGGAAGCAUGCAGAGAUUCUAGAAAACAGUGGUGAAGGAGGAACUGUAAAAGUGCACCAAAAGGAUUGUUGUGAAAAGAGGAACUUGGAUACGAGGAAGAGUAAAGAUUGUGCACCUAAUGUCCCGCAAGACACAGCAUCAGUGCUACAUAUUCAGAAGGAUGUGUUUAGAACAAAAGUAAAACCGACAAAAUCAAAGUCUAUGGUUGGCAAGAAUGAGAUAACUGCUGCAACAACUUCGAAAAGAAAGCCAGAAGUUGUCAAAGACGAGCUAACCAAAAAGGCAAUAGAUCAUCAAAAGGAUGUUACUAACAAGGUGACAAAGGCAAAGCCAGGAAGUGUUAAGGAUGAGUCAACUUCAAUAACAAAGACAAAAACAAAGCCAGAUGUUGAUAAGGACGAGUUAACUGCAAAGGUGAUAGAUCAUCAUAAGCGAGGUCAGCUGCGUCUGCUUACAGUUGCUGAUCUAAAGUGCUUUCUCAGUGCAAAAAAAGCAAAAGUUGGAGGUUCAAAGGAAGUGCUUAUCCAAAGAGCAACUGAACUCCUUUCUUGACAUUAGGACAGUGCAACAACUUAUGGGAGCUACAUGCUACACAUAGUCGCCCACACCAACCACGGAAACCGGUUUGGCCCUACAUUCUGGCUGGUGCCACAACAGAUCAUGGCUAGUAAAUCACAGAUAAUAUCUGAAUGACAACAAACAAUUUGUUGCUCUCUCUAGGGGGCGGGGGGACGGUGCUUGAUCAAGAUAAUGGUUUUCCAUAGACCAGUUCAAGUAUUUACAUAAUUAAUCAGUAGAAUUGUUGAUAUCAUAGUUAUGUUUCAUAUGCGCUGAUUAAGAUCGAUGGAGGGCACCUAUUUCUGAGGUUCGCUAGUUACUGGUGCUCAUCGCUCUCCAGCACGCAUGGGAAUUUGAUGGAGAGAUGCAAACAAAGACACUAUUGGGCAUGGUGGACCAUGCGUAGAAUGUUUACUCAAAAUUCCAGUGAGGAUCUUGUACUUACUAGUUUUGGUGUCUUCACCGAGAUUCCAAACAACCAUCAGAACGUGUGUGUCAAGUUUUCCUGGGACCGUGUACUUCUGUGUUC